GGAGGACAGCCCUAGGAGUGUUAUUAGUUUCUUUCCUCCCUGCCAGGUCACAUCAUACACUCUAUUCACUUGUUCCUGGUAGAGAGGCAUGGAGUGACUCAUGCCUCCUUCACUUGUGUGAGCUUCUCAUGCUGCCUGGGAACUUUUUGCAAACUUUGUAAGCCUCCAGGAGUGACAGCACAGUCCCUAUGUCACUGCUCCCAGUCAGCACAUUGGAAAGUCCUUGUUGAUCUCCAGGACAUGAGCACUCGCAGGAGAUCAGGCACCUGGCAGGAUGAAGUAGCUAGGAGCUUCUCCAGACUCUUUUCCAGGUCAUCAUCCCAGGAGAAGGAGGAGGAAAGUGGUAAAGAUCCAGCUGAGGAACAGGACAGAGGUGGCAGGAGCUUGCCCAGGCUUUUCUUCAGAAGUCCAUCCCAGGAGAAGAAGGAUGGAAGUGACAGGACAGAGCAUGGAGAGGAGCAGGAGAGACCUCACAGCCCAUCCAGGCUCUUCUUCAGGAAGAUAAGCCUGGAGAGCAAGGGGGGCAAUGACAAUGCCUCCCCUGCCAAAGGGAAUAAAGAGGAGCAAGACAGGUCCAAGGUCUUCUCUAGACUCUUCACCAGGACAUCUUCUCAGGACAAGGAGGAGGAGAAUGACACCUCCACAGUGGCAAGGGAGGACCAGAGCAGACUUGAAGAUAAUCACAGCAACCUGAUCAUUGACAAGCAUGAAGACCUACCAUCAACAGAGCUGGAACCGGUUACACGGGCACAAAGCUCCAGUCCUCCACUGCAUAACAUUUCAGAACCUGAGGAAGAAAACGAUGGAGAAUUCCCACAUAAUUUCAAAGUGCUGGACAGUGAGAAACAAUCCAGGGAGAACUUUUUUCAUUUUAUAGGGAACCUUUUCCAUUUCUCACCAAAAUCAUCUCUAGGAAAUCCGAAGCAGGGUGCUGGAGUUCAAGAGCCUUGCAAGGAACAUGUAGACGCUCAAGAUAAAAAUAACCUGGAUAAAGGAGACUUAAAUCAGGAGCGGACACUAGAUGAUCGUGGUGGAACAGAAGAGGCUUCACAGCAAAACACAGCACGGCAUGAGCAGGAAAAUCCUGAGGUCAGUGGAGAUAAAGACUCCAACGAUGUACUAGAACGUUGUGAAGAUGCAACCACCGACACUCCAAAGCUCAACGGACAUACCCAGGAUGCUCCUUUAAUAACAUAUGGCACCUACCGUGGGUCUAGAAGAAUCAGAAAGCUGCUAAAGAGACGAGCUGAUGUAAAUUCACCAAUCUCAGAGAAAGAGGAGACCCCUGAAACCAGUUCUGUAGGAGAUGCUAACACAGAAAAUUGUCUGAUGCUGCAUGAUCGGAUAAAAAUGGAACCAGUCGAAGAUCUAAAUGGAGAGGGUGAAAUGCCUCCUUCAAAGAUACAUAUAAAAAAGCAAUCAACACUUGAACCUCUUCACCAAAAUGCUAAAUUGCAUAAUGAUGACAACAUAAUCCGAAAUGCAAAGAACCUAAAACUCACAAAUGAUCUAGAAACCAAAGACACCUCAAUAUGCACAAACAGUGGAGAGGUUGCAAAUAGCUCAGAGAUCGUAGAGGGACAACAACCAAACAUUGAGGAAUUUCUAAUAGCUGUCCCACAACUGAAUGGAAAAGGAUCCUCUGAAAUCAUCUUACAGCCAAACACUGGUGUACAACCAACUCUUGGAGGGAGUUUAAACAUUUCAGGGCAUCUCCGACAAAAUGUAGACCAUGCAGAGGGUCAUACCGUGGAAAGCACAAUUUCAAGGAAAUCCGAAUCAAAUAAUGAAGGACAUUAUACAGAUGAUGAACCAAAGACAGUAGACAUUUCAGGUAUUGUUGGACAUAAAAAACCAAACACCGAUGAUGUCUCAAAACAGCAGGAAGAUCAUCAACCAGAUAAAGAAAGUGUACAUUUUCCAGAAAUUCUGCAAAAAAGUAUUGAUGAUGAUUCAAAGACUGAAACAGGAUCAUCUCCAAAAGUAGCAGAGAACUUAUUACCUCAUUCAAAAGAAAUUAUAAAUAAUUGCUUAAUAGGUGAUAUACAAGCAAAUACUAACAGUUCCCAAAAAUUUGAGACAUUUUCAGUAAUGGAUAAUUUAUGUUCGUCAAAAUUUUCAACAGAAGGCGAAGAUACAUUCGUGAGAACAGAAGAAUUAGAAGACACAAAGGUUCUAGUUGGUUUGGAAAACUGUGCAGCAGACAAAAUGCAAAGUGCCUUACAACAAUCCCAUCUAGAGAUUGGAGAUUCAGGGGAAUGGCCAAAUAGUCAGCAAGUGGUUGAAGAGAACUUGCAUGUUAAAGAAAAAACACAUGAGGAUCUCUCUGAUAAUUUGCACCUAACUACACACAGUGUAUCAGGCCUGUCAAGUGACAAAAAUUAUGAAGACUUCAACUCACCAGUUUCUUAUUUGAAACCAGAAAUAGAGAGGCCAGACAUAAUAGAUCUCCAUCCAAACGCACAGUUAAUCUCCAGCAGUACAAUAGAUGUGGAACCAAGUACCAUGGGCAAUUCAGUAAUAAAAGAACAAAUGCAAUUACAUGAAGAUGAAUACCUUAACCAACCAAAUCCAGACUUGAACAUUACAUUUUUAAAUAAAAGUGUAUCAGAGUCAGAACCCAUGCCAAAUUCACAUCUACAACUGAAUUGCAUGUCUGUAACUUCCGAAGAUCUGCAACAAAUUGAAAGUGUAGGAGAUCUACCAGCAAAUGCUGACAUUAUUCCAGAAAAUGAUCUACAAAAUGAUGAAGAAUUGCUAAAGACUGAGCAGCAGCCAAAUACCAACAUAUUCUUCCAGUUGAAAGAGUUAAACGAUACAAUUUUAGAAAAAACCCUGUCAGGGUCAGAAGACAUCUCAAAUUUAGAUCUACAACUUAAUAAGACCAGAAGUUCCAAACCUCUGGAUCAAACUGUAAAUACGGAAAAUUUACAGACAAAUGCUAAUAUUAUGCCAGAAAAUGGUCCACAAAAAGAUGGAGAAUUGUUGCAGUCAAAUACCAAAGUAAACUCUCAGUUGAAGGAAGGUUCAGAUGAAUCUCUUUUAAAGUCCAGAAUAAUUUCAAAGAUGAUAGAAAACCAGAAACCAAAUAUACACAUUGAGUCAAAUGUAUCAGAUAGUACACAAGCAGAAGUAGACGAACCAUUAAAGGUCAAUUUGUGUCAAGAGACAAAUUCCAAAAUUCAUGUUCCUGAAGUUAACAAUGACUAUUUAAUUGACAGAUUAUCACAAAAGCAUGAAUUUGUGAGUGAGGAGGGGCUAGCAGAGACCAAAGAUAAUAAUAGAUUGGUCGAUGAGGACAAUAUUCAUGUUGACAAACCUGAUGGAACAGUAGAGGAGCCAGACAUAGAAAAUGCUAUUUUUGAUGAUAAUCACGAAAGCGUAACUGUACCAGAAAGCUGUGUGGAUUAUAUUUCAUCACUUAAUACGGACCAGGAAUCCAUAACUUGCAGGAAUAUUUCAUUUGAUAAUGGCAUUGAGUGUCGUUCCCCUUCUCCCAUCACAAUAUCUGACUCUUCAUCAUAUGCCGAUUGCAACGAUGUUCAAUUUGACAGUCCAAAUGAUUCAGGCAUUGUGUCAUCACAAGCUUAUACACCAGAUGAACACAUCCUGGUUACGACCUUUCCCUCUGAAAUAUUCAUUAAAACUGUUACUGAACCAUUUGCAGUUGACCAUAAGAGUGAAGAGUUUUCUGGGCCAAAACAUGACAGUAUUGUCAAUGUACAAACUGUCCCAAAGAUGCAAACUAAGGAACCAGUGAUAGACAUAAAUAAAUCAUUUGAAGACGAGCAUGCAUCUCAUGGAAAUGGAAGUACAUCUAACUCAGCUAGUGAUAUUUCCUUUAAAAUUUCAACCCCAGAUAAAGUGGUCAAAUUGAAUUCUGAUAUUUAUAUUGCUAAGGUGUCCAUGAAAACUGUGAACAUUGAAGAAGUCAAAAUAUCACCCCAUGGUUUGUAUUCAGACAUUAUAUCUGUAGCUAAGGUAGAAAGCCCAACCUUCGCAAAAGAAGUAAUUUGUCUACCACAGUCUUCGCCUCCACCGACAGAAAAUACAUUCCAGGUUUUUCCUGGUGUUGAAGAGCAUAAAGACUUUGUUACACACAAGAAGUUACUCAACCAUAGUGGAGAGUAUCUUAGUGUGAAUAAUUGUGAUAAACAUCCGAAAAACAAACUGGACACUGAUGAAAUGCUGCUAUAUAAGGACAGUGAUGUGACUGUGAAUCUCAUUAGUGAUUUGCCUAAUAAUGAAAGUGACAGUAUUCCACAAUAUAACUGUAUUGAAGAAUCGCCAAAAAUCACAGAUAAAUCAUCAAGCAUGCUAAUAGAAAAUCUAAGGAAUAACAAUGUAAAUGUAUGCACUAGUGACAUCAUAAAUGCUCCCUUCCAGGCACAUAUAUCUGAUAGGGAAAUGAUAAAUGAGACCUUGAUGUCCAGUGAUUCAUUGAAGGAUCUAAAACUUGGUGAAUCACUUUCAGAAUUAAAUCCAGAUUCAACAAUGAAUCAUAGAGAAAAGUUGAGUGAUUUACUGUUACAUUCAGCAUUACUCCAAAAUGCUGCUGACACAAACGGAAUCACUUCUUUACCUUCUGCAAAUGCAAAAAAUAUCCUUCUAGGCAAAGACUUUUCUGAGCCAUCUAAUGAAUUGUUUGAGCAAAAAGCUAAUGAGAUUAUUUUCAGUGUCUUGCAUUCUGCCAUUGAUGAACUUCAAAAUAUACACCAACGGCGUAUAAAUAUAAUGCCUGGUAAUAAUCACACCCUGACAGAUAUAAAACAUGUGAAAGAGAAUGUAAGUGAGAAACUAAAGGACCAUCCUGAUGAAGUACUUGUCAAGUGUCCCGGAAAACCUUCUGACCAUAUACUCACUGAAGACACAGAUCUGAUUAUGUCCAUGGCAGUAGGAAUAGUAAAUGAUGUUAUAUCUUCUUCGAAACAGCUUGUGGUUUCCAAUAUCUACCCAGAUGUGCUAAGUAAAGACUUUACCACCGAUAAAUGCACUCAACAAAAACGACCAAGCGUGUUUAAUGGCUUAUCCAUGGACAAUCAGCAUGACCUAGUUGAGGACACAACAAAUUCAAACCAUGUCAUUUCUUCAUUUGACUAUGAUAAUGAAGCCCAUCCUCCUUCUUGUGAAGUCAAUUCUAAUGAUCUUGAAGUGACAACAGAAGUGUCUCCGAAAGUUGAGUCUAGACAGGCCACAAAACCCAGAUCUGAUGAUUUGGGGUCAAAAGUCACAGAAGACAUGAAUGAAAAAAAUGCGGAUAAGACCAUAGAAACCAAUAUUUUAACAAAAACAGAAGUUGAAGAACAUCUUACCUUUUCUAAAAGCUCACCCAAAGCAGAUACAUACAGCUUAAUUAAUGAACCUUAUAUCAAUGGAGAUCUUAUGCUGGAUGACAUUCAUUGUGACAGACAAAUGGGAUCUUUAUCUCUUGGGACUGAAGGAUCAAUGGAAGACUUCAAUUAUAUUAAUAUAUGUGAAGAAAGCAGCAACAGAUCAGACUUCUCUGACUUCUUACAGUUUUCUGUACAUAAUAGUAAAUAUGUUGAAAUAAGUGGAAGUGAUGAUGAGUCAACAGAUGAGGAAAAAGAUUGUGGCAGUGAACAGGCCUCUGGCAAUGAUUCUUAUGUCCCUGUGCAAUCAAGACGUGUCAGGAUUUAUCCUUUAGCUCUGUCACCGAUAUAUGAAGAUGAUAGUGCUUGUGAGGACAGCUUGUCCAACAACAGUUCACCAAAAUAUAAUGAGGGUGCAAGUAAUAGUAGUCGUGACCACACAUCAAUCUUAUCUCUUUUGCAAUCUGUGUCAGAUCGCCUCAAAGAGGCUGACUUGGAAGAGACGUCUGAUGAAGAAAGAUUUUUAGCACUCAGUAAUGAAGUAUCUUUUGUCAAUGACAGGUGUAAUGAGGAAGAACCAGGGGAACUAGAGGACAUCAGCUCGAUAUCUAAGACUAUCUCCAAUGUACCAACCCUUGAAGAUAAAAAAACAUCUUUAGGUACAAGGUCUGGUUUGUUCAUAACAAGGUCCUUUGCAGAAAACAAACCUAAUCUAGUUUCAGGCCGUCAAUCUCUUCUUCUUAAUUUGACAUCAAACUCUAACAUCUACGGGUCAAAAUCCAGCCUUGAAAGCAGCUCUGUUCCAUCUUUGAGGAGUGAAACAUCUGUGUCACCAACAGUUGAAAGUACGGAUCUUUCCCCAAGUACAGCUGUUGUGAAUUCACUUUCUUCAGAACCUGUACUACCCAUUCAAAGCUCACCUGUAGAUCAGAAGCCACAUAUGUCUCCUAAAAGUGUUUAUUAUCAGUAUUUCCAUGCUGCCCAAAACUACUUAUCCAAUAUUGAUGAUAAUGGAAGUCCUGCUCAGGAAAAACUGGAAGAACCAAAGAAAACAGCUGAACCUUAUAUGGAUUUCGAUAAUUCAGAAUCUUUAAAGUUCAACCCAAGGCCCGGAAAGGUGAUUCUUUCCGACAUAGUAGAUCAGGAGAACAAGAUUGAGCUCAAAGCUGACGUCCUGGACGCAACAUCUUGGGAGUAUCCUAAUGGAGUAAAUAUCCGGGUCAUCAGGGGAUGCUGGAUCCUGUAUGAGAAACCACAUUUUGAAGGUCAAGCACAUGUCCUUGAGGAGGGGGAAGCUGUGUUACGGCACCUUUGGGACCAGCAAAGAGCCAACGCUAAGCCAGAUAAAAUCAUUAUAGGCUCAGUGAAGAGAGUAGUGAAGGAUUAUCUCCCGGAGGUGGUGAUAUCCUCCCUGCAGGACGUGUCCGACUCUCCUAUUUACAUACGCGCAGGCGUUCCUUCGCUGGAAAAUCUGGUUGGCAAUCACCCCCGUUCUUUAGUAGUUAAUUCAGGAGUCUGGCUGGCAUACACAGAACCCCAGUAUAACGGCACAGUCGCCGUACUGGAAGAAGACAGUGAGCUGCCCCAAAUUCAGGACAGCGGCUUCCGAUCUAUUCGGCCCUUGAAAAUGGGAGGAUUAAAAGUACAGCUGCCCAGCGAUCCGAAGAUAAUUAUAUAUGAGAAGCCGCACUUUCAGGGGCGGUGGAGAGAGAUCACGGAGCAUGUCUGUAGCAUCGGGACGCUCACCCAUGACGGAGAGGAUAGCAGCUGUCAAGAUAUUGGCUCCAUACAGGUUCUUGGUGGAAUAUGGGUUGGGUAUGAAAAUGAGAAAUUUAAAGGACAGCAGUAUCUCCUGGAAGAGGGCGAUUAUGAAGACUGGCAUGCCUGGGGUGGUUAUAACAAUGCUUUGCAGUCAAUACGAUAUCUCCAGGCGGACUUUUUAGAGUCAUCUGUCACCUUGUAUGAAACGGAUGAAGAAGAUGGAAAGCAAAUAAAUCUUUUCAAUCAAGCGGUUCCUGAUCUGGAGCUGGCAGGAUAUAACACAAGAACGCAGUGUAUACACGUGACAAAGGGAAUGUGGGUUGCGUACCAGGAGAAGCAUUUUUGUGGAGAACAAUAUGUACUGGAAAAAGGCAGAUACAAGUCAUAUGUGCACUGGGGAGGCAGCAACAACACAAUCUUGUCUAUUAGACCGGUUCUUCUGGAACCACUUGGACGGAACGACGUGAAACACUUGAUUAAAGCCUACUCAGGGGCCGAGUUCCAAGGAGAAUCCAUGGAUUUCACACAGGGUGUAUCCUGCUUUACAUCCUUUAUGCCCAUGUCUUUCAAGAUCUUAAGAGGAUGCUGGCUGCUGUGUUAUGAAGCAGACUCAAGUGACAAUCUGUGUGUAUUGGAAGAGGGGCAUUUUCCAGACUUGGCUUUGUGCGGAUGCCCUACAGCUGAGAUCAAAUACAUCAAGCCAAUAGAUUACGUCUUUGCUGAACCUUCUAUAAGUCUCUUUGCCCUGGACUCUUGUGAAGGGAGAGAGUUGCACUUUGAGGAUGCUGUGACCUCAGUCCUUAGCAAGGACCUUCACUUUUAUGCCCAGUCUGUGUGGGUCAGAAGAGGGCUAUGGAUUGCAUUUGAAGGUGCCAAUUUCCUUGGAAGACAAAUGCUGCUGGAUCCUCAGCAAAUUCUAAACUGGUCACAGUUCAGCGGCUGGAAAGCUGUUGGGUCCCUACGUCCUGUAAAACAGCCUUCAGUAUAUUUCAUGGUCAAAAACAGAGACAAUGACAAGUACCUGACAAUCACUGGGAAACUAGCAGAUGCAAGAGGGACAUUUGUCAGUGUCGCUCCAAGGAACGGGCAGACUACUCAGAUCUGGUAUUUCAGCAGAGGAUUCCUAAAGUCCAAGGUAAAUGGUUCAUGUUUGGAUGUCAUCGGAGGCAAAAAUAUCCAGGGGUCAAAGGUGUCGCUGUGGGCAGAGCACGGGAAAACACGACAGAAGUGGAAGAUCAAUAAAGAUGGGACCAUUUCUUCAUAUCUAAGUGAUGACUUGGUUCUUGAUCUUAAAGGUGGAAAUUACUAUGAUCAAAACUACUUAGUGGUCAACAAGGUCCAAGAAAAUGCUCCGACACAGAAGUGGGACAUUGAGAUACUAUGAUGUCUCCAAGAUGGACGCUCAAAAUGGCAUCUGGGAUAUAUCAGACAGGAUCUUUCCAGUCAUGCUGUGGAAUUUGGAAAAUACUAAAAUUAAACGUCACUGGAUUGCUGCUCUGCAAAUAUGCCUGGCAGAUGGCCACAAAAGCAUGGCUCAUGGUCUUCAGAAGAUAGGCUUCCAUCUGCCUUAGGCCGAACUAAGCUUGGUGGCAUCCGGAAAGAAUUCAGAACACUGGAUCCAGAACACAUGAAUGUUUUCAUGUGAGAAAUGUCUCCAUUACCUCUUUCAAUCUGGACUGAAAUAUCGCCAUGUUUAUAUAUAGGGUGGUAGAAGAAUACAGGACAACGCCGUCUCCUGUGCCUCAACCUUUAUAAGCUGUCUAUGCACAUUCAUAGCUGGAAUCUAUGGACACUGAGCCUGAUUUACCCUCGAUGCUGUAUAACACGUAAUUGGCAUGCGUCAUAGUAUGUAUGUGUUACAUAGAACACGCAUCUGGUGAUCACGAUGUAUACAGUGCAUUUAAAGGGGUUGUAUAGGAUUAGAAAAAGAUGGCUGCUUGCAUGUAGAUAGAGCCCUAAACCCGUCCAUGACUUGUGUCUGGUAUUGUACCUCAGCCCCAAAGAAGGGAAAUUUUUGUUGAGGUUGACUAUAAACAUUUUAGGGGACAUUUAUGACUCUGUCUGUAAGUAAAGCUGUAUUUGUUGCCCAUAGCAACCAAUCAGCCCAGCUUUCAUUGCUUAUAGUGCGCUUCAAAAAUUAAAGCUGCAUUCUGAUUGGUUGAUAUGGAUAAUAAAGGAAGUCUUUCUUUUUGGACAGUGUUUAUAAAUCUUCCCCUUUGUGCCUCACUUAGCAAAACUGUCUAUCGGUAAAGCAGCCUUUGUUGCCCAUAGCAACCGAUCACAGUGGAGCUUUCAUUUUUGGAGAGCACUAUAUGCGAUUGGUUACUACGGGCAACAAAGGCAGUUUUACCGUUACACAGUUUUGAUAAAUCAGGUCCUUUAUCAUACUUACCAAAAUGUAAACAGUAAAAAUCGUGACAUUUAGCCCCCACCCCUUUGAACACCCAGGAACGCCCUUAAAACAUUUGGGGGCAGGGAUUGCAUAAACCCCAUCCCUUUUGAGGGCCAAUUCUUGGAUGGUCCCAGCAAAGUCGAGCACAUAUAUCUUUAUAUAUAUCCAUUCAGACAUGUCCUGAUGAUGUUUUACAUACGGGUAUAAACUUGUAAUGGCAACAAGCUGGGCUAAAUGGAGUUCUCUCUACUAUAUGGUGGAGUACUACAGAGACACAGGGCCAGAUUUAUCAUGACUCUGACAGCUCACUCCACUUUAACAUAUGGCUAAAGUC